CUGUAUACCCUAAUUAAAUACUGCUACCGUAUUUAUAAUACUUUAGUGUGUGAUUCAGAUCUAAAUUUUGAACACAAGGUGUCUGAUGAAGUCCACAUGAAAAACGAGAGCAAUCUUUCUUCAAAAUACAUGCACCUAUCACCAUCUUCAUUUCACCUUCAGGGUUUGCUUUUGCCAGAGAUCUUUAAUUAUUCUGGGAGUGCUCUGUCAUAGUAUUCCAUCAAGAUUUGGGUUGAUUUAGGCAUUGGAUUUGAAUUGAGGAAUCAAAUUAGUGAGGAUAAAUUUUCAGGUGUUUUUCAAUUGGGGAUCUUUGAGUGGCUCAAAAUGGGAGAGAAACUUUUUUUGAAAGGAGAGGAUAAGGCUAUCAUGGAGGGGAUAUUAGGCGGCGAAGCGGUAGAAUUUUUCUCCUGGUCAGCUACAAAUCACAUGCUGACAGAAUUUACUUCAUCAAGGGGGGAUUUGGGAGUACAACAGGCGCUUUGCAAGAUCGUUGAGGGGUCUGAUUUCACUUAUGCAAUCUAUUGGCAAGUUGCAAAGUCGAAAUCAGGAAAAUCAGCUUUAAUAUGGGGUGAUGGACAUUGCAGAGAAGCAAAGACGGGGCAAACUGAAGAUGGAAACAAGAAAAAAAUGGUUCUUCAAAAGGUACACACUUGCUUUGGAGGGUCGGAAGAUGAUAAUAUUGCUGCCAAGUUGGAUACUGUUUCGGACGUAGAGGUUUUUUAUCUCACAUCAAUGUAUUAUAUCUUCCCAUUUGAUAAGCCUUCUAGUCCUUCUCAAUCAUUUAAUUCUGCUAGAUCAAUAUGGGUUUCUGAUUUAAAAGGUUGCUUAGAACAUUUCCAAUCAAGAUCUUAUCUAGCAAAGUUGGCUCAAUUUGAGACACUAGUUUUCAUUCCGCUGAAAUCCGGGGUCGUGGAGCUUGGUUCUUUAAAGUCCAUUCCGGAAGAUCAGAAUUUGAUUCAGAUGGUCAAAACAUCUGUGGUGGUAUCUAAUCCUCCACAGCCGAAAGCGUUUCCAAAGAUAUUCGGUCGGGAACUCAGUCUCGGUGGCACUAAGUCAGGUCCCAUCAGCAUAAAUUUUUCUCCAAAGGUGGAAGAAGAUUUUCCUUCGGAUUCUUACGAAGUACAAGCAGCACUAGGUAGUUCUCAAGUUUAUGGAAACUCAUCAAACGGGUAUCGAAGUGAUGAAGGUGAAGGGAAACUUUACAAGGAAGAAUUAGAUGAACGGAAACCGAGAAAGAGGGGCAGAAAGCCUGCGAACGGGAGGGAAGAAGCAUUGAAUCAUGUUGAAGCAGAGAGGCAAAGACGUGAGAAGCUUAACCAGAGAUUUUAUGCUUUAAGAGCAGUUGUUCCGAAUAUCUCAAAGAUGGAUAAAGCGUCGCUGCUUGGAGAUGCAAUUGCUUAUAUCACAGAUCUCCAGGCGAGAAUUAGGGUUUUAGAUGCUGAGAAGGAGAUGGUAAAUGACAAGCAAAAGCAGCAGGUUCUCCCAGAGAUUGAUUUUCAUCAGAGACAAGAUGAUGCAGUUGUAAGAGUAGGCUGCCCUUUGAAUGCUCACCCAGUUUCUAGAGUUUUGAAGACAUUUCAGGAACAUCAAGUAAUUGCACAAGAAUCCAAUGUCUCGUUAACAGAAAAUGGUGAACUUGUCCACACAUUCUCUAUACGAGCUCCUGGUCCUGCUGCUGAGGAUUUGAAGGAAAAGCUGACAGCUGCUCUAUCUAAAUGAUUUAGGCGUUUAGAGAAUAAGGUCUAAUCAUGCUAUGUAUGUUAAUUGUAGGAAAAUACAAGCCGUUUCACAUUAAACUGGUGAUCAGUAUCAAACUGGCCAGAUCAUCAAUGCCUAGCUUGUGAGUUUGCCUUAAGACUUUGCAGACUUUAUAAUCAUAUAUGUAAGUUUUUGAAAAAGAUAAUAAUCAUAUAUGUAAGUUUUGUGAGA